CUUUGUUGUGAUCAACAGAUGGCGCUGUUUGUAUUUCUUUAGAAAUUCCUCAAGUGCCUGAAUAGAAUUUCUAGCUUCCGCCAAUAGACGUUCCUUCCGGUUUUGGACGCCAUUAGAGACGCAGAGAUGGCAAUUCGGUAUCCCAUGGCAGUGGGCCUUAACAAAGGCCACCCAGUGACUAAAAAUGUGGCCAAGACCAAACACAGCCGCAGGAGAGGGCAACUGACCAAACAUGCCAAGUUUGUACGUGAUAUGAUCCGUGAGGUGUGUGGCUUUGCCCCCUACGAAAGGCGUGCUAUGGAGUUGUUGAAGGUGUCCAAGGAUAAGCGUGCCCUCAAGUUCAUUAAGAAAAGGGUGGGAACUCACAUCCGCGCUAAGAGAAAGAGGGAAGAGCUGAGCAACAUCCUGGCCGCCAUGAGAAAGGCUGCUGCCAAGAAGGAGUAACCUAAUAAAUGACAAUUUGUAUUGUG